UUGCUGCACCAGCUAACAUUUGAUCUCAGCUAUACAUAUACAUACAUAUUACACUGCUGCACUGCCUCUACCGAGCAACAAAUGGCGAUACCAGUGCAAAGCUCCCCGCUUUUGCUCGCCGUCCUACUCCUCCUGUCCACCGCGGCCGCCGCCGGCGGAUCUGGGAAGCAGCCCCCCCUUGGCUGGAUCCCUUCCCUGGCGGGGUGCCGCGGCACCAUCGCGGAGUGCCUCGGGGACGAGGAGCUCGACCUGGGAGCCGUGGUGAGCCGCCGCGUCCUUGCCACCUCCAGUUACAUCAGCUACGGCGCCCUCAGGGCCGACACCACCCCCUGCUCCCAACCCGGCGCCUCCUACUACAACUGCCAGCCCGGAGCUCAGUCCAAUCCGUACUCCCGUAGCUGCUCCGCCAUCACCCAGUGCCGGAGUUGAGCUUGGUAUACGUGCUCUGUUAGUACUGUACUUAGCUGGUUGUGCUAUCGGUGUAUUGGUGCUGUAAACAGAGUCUAUGUGCAACUUUCUGAUUAAAAGAAAGAAAGAAGAAUAAAAAGGUCUUAACUACUAAGCAAUUAUAUUUUGAUUGCAGAUAA